AAUUAAACAAAACUAAUGUCUAUAUAAUAAGAUAUGAUAGGAAUGACAGACGAUGGAUCAUCUACAUAUAGAGUAGAAUUAGCUAAAUACCCAAUAUUGAACCCUGUGGCUCCUCCUGUCUAAUAUGUGCAAAUGAGUGAUGCAAAAGAAGCUAUAACAAUUGUAAAAACAGAGUCAGAAACAUCAAGAGAGGUUUUCUUAGUGGAGUACUAUAAGAAAAUACUAAGAUAACACUUGAUUAUCUUAGGAUUGUUCUUAUUUGGUUUGAUGGAGUGGUUUGCAAAUAUAGUAGUGGAGUUUAGUUACUAUGAUAAUAGUUUCAGAUGGACAUUCUAUGUAUUUGUAGUAACACUAAUCAUAAUGGCUUUAGGAUUACCAAUCACAAGAUCAAUAAGAGGAAUAGUAAGAUAUUAAUUACAUACCUUUAGGUCAAAUAUUAGAACUGCAUAUUUAAUGUUUAGACAGUAUUAAUAGGAAUGGUACUUAUUGGAAUAGGAAAUAAAUGUAAUAAUAGACAUUCAACAGCAACAAUUUGGUGGAUAAUAAUUACAUUGUUAAUUCUGAUUGCACAUAGCAUAGCAUAAUUUAUGCUUGUUAAACAUAACAUUACACAUUAUUACACAAUGUUUAUGAAGUUUGCUAUAAUGGGUUCAAUCAUAUUAAAUUUUAUUGUUGGAUUGUGUGCAUCAUAAUUAGAUAGUUCAUUUCCUGUUGCUGAAGCUAUCAUAAUCUAUUCAAUCUAUUAUUUCAAUCAACUCAAUGAACAUUUACUCAAGAAUCCUAAUGAUUUACCUGAAGAUCUUUCUAUUGUAGAAAGAAUCUAAAUUAUUAAUAAAAUUUAAGCACUUUUCAAUUAGGAAGCAUAAUCAAAUUAAGUUAUUGAAUAAAUCAAAGAUACCCAUUGUGUUAUUAAUAGAUAUCUUGCCAUAGUCAUUUCAAGUGUUGUGGCUUAUAUACUUAUAUUGAUUCUUAGUAUUAUCACCGGAAAUGCAUUAUUUAUAGUCAUAGUUGUUGUUGUUUCUAUUUCACUCUUAAGUGUCUUACUCAACACAUAAGUAGCAUCAAGAGUAUUUAUUAUCAUUUAUUCAUAGACACUCUUAUAAGAAGAUGCUGCCUUUGCUGUCUGUCUAACCUAUUUAGAUCUAGCAAGUCCACUUAAGAAUAUUUUAAAAGGAAUCAUUUCUAAAUGAUGAUGACUUCAAUUUAUCAUAAAUACAUACAAAAUUAUCAUUAUUUUCAUACAAUU